AAUGGUCAAAUUUCUCAUAUUUUUAUGUUUCAAUACAAUAGAAUUAUAUUUCCAUCUAGUAGAAUUAGCGCCCACAGCUAUUCCCCAUUCCUCGUUGAAUAAUGACCAUAGCACUGACGGUCACAGCGAUCUAGGCAGGUCGCCAGCCUCUAUUGGAAACAGUGAUCCUGCUCUCGAUCCUGCUCACAUCAGCCCAGCCGAGCUUCCAUACACCAUGACCAUCUCAUGGGUACCAAACACGCGUCUCCAGACAUGAAGUGACACAUCGUCCUCAUGUCCUCAACCCUCACUACCAAGGAGGCGGCACAAAUUGCCCAUCUCGGUGACUGCAGAGUUGCCGCAUUCUCUCAGCUCACCAGCAAGGGAGAGUAUGGUGUUUCUGUCUCCCACCGGCUCAGCCUGAAGCAACGAGGCUUCACAUACAUCAGCAAGCACUGUUGGAAUGCUUGCUGGGGUGUUUUCAGGAGCGGGUGCGGGGCUAAUGGUCAUCAUUCCAGUGGGCGCGCUUGUCUUUGUUGAGAACAUGAUAGUUGACGCACAGUCGCUGUUUCGGAGAGAAUCAAAGCAGGUGAGGAAAACUUGAUGAUUUCCAGAAC